AGGGGCCAGAGAGCGCGACGAGCAAUCUGGGAGAAGAAGUACGGGAGGAAUGCAAAGCAUUUAAACUACGAUGUGGCGGAGUCAUCGUCACGCAGCAAUGUACAUCAGUCAUCGACGAGAUACAACGGAAGCAACACGCGCAAUAAUCCAGUCCUAUCAUCCCGGCGCCCGGAGCCUCUCAAUGCAGCACCUCCCAGACAUCCGCGAACCAAUGGUUUUACCUCUACCCAAGGAGAGAGAUCUGGAGUGUCAUUUGGAGCUGCACCUGAGAAGCACAGUUUCAAGUCAAGGCAAGCUGCCCAAGAGGAGCGUCCGCUACAUCCAUCCUGGGAAGCGAAGAAAAAAACGAAACAGAAAGACAGCGGAGUCAUCCUUCCUUCGCAGGGCAAACGCAUCAAGUUUGAUUAAACCAGCCUGAGUUGCCUAACAUGGCUGAUUUCUGCGACGGGCUUUAGGAUGUCUUUUUUGAGGCCGUGACUAUCGUCCGCUUUGGUUUCGCCCAGUAUGAUUUUUCAUCUGUGACUCAAAAGUAAAGUUCUUGUAGAUUUGGUCAUAUGCCCGCAGUGGGAUAUCAUUAUGGAUGAAAUCCAGGUCUGGUGCCUGGGACUUGGUCUUUUGAUAGUGCUGUC